AUGAGUGCUGGUCGCACAAUGGUCGCAACGAUCGCAGUGCUGUUGCUGCAUAUCGCACCAGUAUUUCUGCAUCUUACGACAGCUUACGAUCAGCACGCGGUACAAGCAUUCAUUGCACUCAAACGUGUACUUGAAUAUUUGCAAGAAUUUGGUUAUCUGCCGGAACCAGCGCAUGGCGUAGGGGCAAUGCUUAGCGAAACAGUCGUUGAGGAAGCAAUACGGGAAUUGCAGAUUUAUGGAAAAGUGCCACGGAUUGAAAAGCACAGCAGGGAAUACGUUCCAAGAAUCGUAGAAUUCAGGAAAAGUCUCGCGCAAAAUGCUCUCUUUGUCUUGACCGUCUAUGUUCUAAACAACGACGAUGUAUAUAAGGAUUACCAAAUGUGGAUCGGUUAA